GGUUUCGGUGACGGCUCCGUCCUGCCAGCCGACCUGCAACUAGAAGAAGAAGAAGGAGAGGAAGAGGAGCCGGAGCUGAUCCUGGAUGGAGGUCUCCCUCGAUACACCACCUCCUCCUCCGCUCUGACCUCCGACCUGCUGCCAGCGGAGGAGGAGCAGCAGGAGCAGGAGGAGGAGGAGGGCAGAGAGAUGGCUGUGGACGAGGAGGUGGAGGAGGCGGUGGAAGAGAUGUUACAGAUGAAGAAGAUGGAGGAGACAGUCGAGGAGAGGAUGAGCUCCCUCCCUAGAAAAGCUCCUCCGUCGUGGGAGGAGUGGAAGCGCACCUCCUCCGCCCAGGAAGGAGGAGCAGAGGAGACGUGGAGAGGAGAACAGGAGGAGCUCAGAGACUCAGAGGAGGAGCAGAGAGGAGAUCAGGAUAACAUGGUGUCGAUAGGAAACCUGCUGCUAGGUUACAGAGACAGUGAAGCCGACUCUGAGCUCACUCUGACCGACACCGACAAUGAGUCUGGGAGGAUGACUGACAAUCGAGAGGAGGAAGAGGAGGAGUCAAAGAGGAGGGUCUCUACCACUCAGAGGAGGCCACAGUGAUCUUCCUGAAAGAGAGGAGGGGGAGGGAGAGGAGACUCCUGCCUUCAGCCACUGGGGACCCCCCCGCAGGGUGGAGGUCUGGCCUGAGGACGGUCAGUCUCUGGGUCUGAGCAUCGUAGGCGGACGUCACGUCAUCAAACGUCUGAGAAACGGAGAAGAACUGAAAGGAAUCUUCAUCAAACAGGUUCUAGCCAAAAGUCCUGCUGCUAAGACCCAAUGUCUGAAGACUGGAGACAAGAUCCUGGAGGUGUCAGGUGUGGAUCUGCAGGUUGCCAGUCAUGAGGAAGCCGUCAACGCCAUCAAAUCAGCUCCGAGCCCCGUCGUCUUCAUCGUGCAGAGUCUGUCUGCUACACCACGGCCUGUGUCUCUAACAGCUUCCAGCUACAGUAAACACAAAGGAAAGAGGACAGAGUCUCCG